AUGACUGCUGAUCAAGGGCGGGGUUUGUCUCCAAUGUCAAAGCGGAGAAAGUUUGACGAAGUCUCUGAUACAACUCAAGGUGUUCUAUCUGAUGCGGACGUUGGGAUAUCAGGUUUUAUGUAUACAAGGAAUGCCGGCUUUCAGGGGACAAUGAAGGGCAGCAUCUCGGCACGGCGUCUGUCGACUCUUAAUCCGCGCCUAAACGGAAUCAAGCUGGGGAACUUUUCGUACUCUGCAAAUUCUAUCAAGCUUGGUGACCUCUAUGGCAAUAGGUUUUCCAUAGUGAUUCGGGACGUUGCAGCUGAGGAUAGUGUAUUGCAUAAAGCCAUUCAGGAUUGGCAAAAACAUGGAUUUAUCAAUUACUUCGGUUUACAAAGGUUCGGCCAUUGUGCUGAGGCGAGAACAUACGAUAUUGGGAGGGAAAUAAUAAGAUGCAAUUGGGAGAAGGCCAUUGAUCUUAUCCUUACUCCAACUAGCUUAGACCUUCCUGUCGUUCGUCAAAUAAAGGAACGCUAUCGGAGAACCGGGGAUGCCAAGGCUUGCGGUGAUGACAUGCCCCAGUGCCUUGAGAAGACCCUACUUCUCGGGAUUGCCCGCCAUGGAAAAUCGAUCGCUGCAUUGCAAACGCUGCCUAGGAAUCUGCGCCAAUUGUAUGCUCAUAGCUACCAGAGCCUUGUGUGGAACAAGAUUGCAAGUCGUCGUAUUCAGGAGUUGGGCGUCGAUGAGGAUGAAAGGGCUCUUGUUGGUGACCUCUAUUUCUCCGACUGUCCGUCCAUCCCAAAAGGUCUCCGUUCAGUAGACUCCUCCUCUGAGUUGUGCUACGAUGAGUCCUUCGCCCAAUCCACUGUGGUAGUACCUGUUGCCGAUGCUGCAAGUGCUGCUUGUGACGUGGAGGAGGUGGCAGGGGAUGGAGGUGGAGAAACGGUGUUUGAGUCAUCCAAAGCUCCCACUACCCCUGCAGCUCCCUCGCGUGUCACAGAAGGCGGAGAACGACCUCUCAUCUAUCAAGUGGUCCUGCCUCUGCCUGGUUAUGAUGUCGUCUUUCCUGAUAACGAAAGCGGGAAUUGGUACACAGAGAUUCUCUGCGAGGACUUGCUGAAAAUUGACGACUUCAAUCACAAAGUCAAAGACUUUGCACUGCCUGGAUCGUACCGCCACUUGGUCGUGAAACCGGAGGAUGUUCACUAUGAAAUCCGUGAGUACACCAAUCCACAAAAACCGCUUGUACAAAGUGACUACGCUCGGAUGACUGCCAACGAGCCAGGUUCCACGGAGGAAGCCUCUGGUGAUGGCGACACUAAUGAAAAGUGUCGAGCUCUCGUGCUUGAAUUCACACUGCCCAAAGCUGCCUACGCUACGAUGGCCAUCCGCGAGUUGAUGAAGGACGUCACUGUGGUACAGUGA